AUGUUCACAGUCCUCGCCCCCCUGUUUAUAUUCGCAUCUCUUGCGUCGUCGGCGUGCAUUCCCGCGGGCGGGAACACGAACACGGCGACGCCGCCGAAGACGACGAGCACGACGCCGCCGCAGACCCCGGCGCCGGCCCCGGUGUCGGGAUCCGUCCGCUUCCACCCGAACGGCGACAAGAACUGGUGCCUCGAGGUGCAGGGCAACAAGCGGGCGAACGGCACCCCCGUCCAGCUUGCGCCGUGCACAGCGAACAACGGCGCCCAGGCGUGGACGGUCAGCCGCGGCAGCACGCAGGUCAAGUUGGCAGGCACCAACUUCUGCCUCGAUGCUGGGUCGACUCCGGGGAACGGCGUCCGCAGCAAGAUUUGGACGUGCUACGCCGGCCUCGCGGCGCAGAGGUGGUGGUACACGGAUGACAACCGCGUCGCGCUCGAGGGCAAGGGGCAAUGCAUCGACCUGCCCAGCGGCGAGAAGAGGACCGGUAAUGUCGUGCAGACGUGGCAGUGUGGGACCGGGAACAACAACCAGGCGUGGACGACGUCGCAGGCGACCGUGGCGCGCCGCGCCCUGGAUGAGCGUCAGUCAUGCCCCUUGCCCAACGUGAGUCAGCAUCGGUUUGGAUGA